AUGGAGUGUCUCAUUCGAUUCUCCCAGUCCCACGAGACGUUUCGCCUACCCGAGAUCCAGGCCCUUGCCGUAGUCGAGGGCAUUGAGCUGAAGGUUGUCUCUUAUAGUGUUGAAUCGCCAUUCUGCGUCGUCCGUCUUCCCUCUGAAGAUGCAGCAAGACGCCUCGUCCGGCGGUCCGUCCUGGUACAAUCGAUCCAUGAGGUCUGGGGGUCAGGGACGACGCUCGAUGCCGUGCACGCCACCGUAGUCGAGCAGACGGCGCACCUGUGGGGGCGGUACAUGACGUGUUCUUUCAAGUUCACUAUCGACUCGUACCAGCGGUCUCGCUCCAACGAGGACAAGGUGCGCAUCAUCAACUCGUUCGCCUACCUGGGCUUCGCCGGCCCCAUCAAGAUGCGGAACCCCGACCAGGAGUUCACCCUGUUCGAGGACUGGCCCUUCAACUCGACGCCGCUGGGCCUUGCCGACCCAAAGUCGUACUACCUGGGCCGCUACCUGGCCACAGGCGCGCGAGAUCUGCCCCAGAAGCUCGACCUCAAGAAGCGCCGCUACAUCAGCACCACGUCCAUGGACGCCGAGCUGGCCCUGGUCACGGCCAACAUCGCCCUGGCCGCGCCGGGCAAGCUCAUGUACGACCCCUUUGUGGGCACCGGCAGCUUUCCCAUCGCCUGCGCCCAGUUCGGCGCCCUGGCCUUUGGCAGCGACAUCGACGGGCGGAGCAUCCGGGGCGACGAGAAGAAGAAGACGCUCCACGGCAACUUUGAGCAGUACGGCCUGCUCAGCGAGCUCGGCGGCGUCUUCACCGCUGACCUGACCAACUCGCCGAUCCGCAAGAUGCCUCUGGGCACCAGCGGUGACGGCGUGCGCGGGCGCCUGUUCGACGGCAUCAUCUGCGACCCCCCCUACGGCGUGCGAGAAGGCCUGCGGGUGCUCGGGGUCCGCGACCCCGAGAAGUCCCCGUGGGUCAUCCCCAAGGGUAUCGAGAUGUACAAGCAACCCGACUUCAUCCCGCCCAAGAAGCCGUACGGCUUUCUCGCCAUGCUCGACGACAUCUUGCAGUUUUCCGCUCAGACGCUUGUCGACAACGGGCGGCUGUCGUUCUGGAUACCCACCGCGAACGACGAAGACCAGGAGAUCGAGGUACCGACGCACCCUUAUCUCGAGAUUGUUGCUGUUUGCACUCAAGUUUUUAGCAAAUGGUCUCGGCGGCUCAUCACAUACCGCCGCAUCCCCGACGCCGAGGUCGACCAAGAAGCCAUGAAGGCGAGAGUUGAGAACACAACGUUCCUGGGCCGGACCGCUGACGAGCUGAACCCCUUUCGCCGGGCUUAUUUCACCGGGUUUGAGGCUUAA